CCUCUUCUCAAACCAAACUGAGUAAUGGCUUCUUCCUCAACAAUGUUCCACGCCUCUUUCGUCAUUGCACUCCUUUCUAUAGCUAGCGCAAAUGCGCAGCUCUCCACGACCUUCUACUCUUAUUCAUGCCCGAAUCUCUUUUCGACGGUGAAGUCAGUGGUCGAAUCUGCUGUCUCCCAGGACAAGCGCAUGGGCGCGUCUCUGCUUCGCCUCUUCUUUCAUGAUUGCUUUGUUAAUGGUUGCGAUGGAUCAUUGCUUUUAGAUGACACGAGCAGCUUCACAGGGGAGAAGACAGCGACUCCGAACAAGAACUCUGUUAGAGGAUUCGACGUGGUGGAUAGAAUAAAGUGUGCAGUGGAGAAGGCAUGUCCUAAUGUCGUCUCCUGCGCUGACAUCUUAGCGAUCACCGCAAGAGACGCUGUAGUAAUUUAUGGAGGGCCGUAUUGGGAGGUGAAGCUGGGGAGAAGGGAUUCGAGGACGGCGAGCCUUUCGGGAGCCAACGGCAGCAUCCCUCCUGCAACCUCCAACCUCAGCACCCUCAUCUCCAAGUUCUCGGCGAAGGGCCUUUCGACUCAAGAGAUGGUGGCGCUCGUAGGGGCUCACACCGUCGGCCAAGCUCGAUGCACCUCCUUCAGGGAUCACAUCUACGACGACGCUAACAUCGACGGCUCCCUGGCCACCGCGAGGAGGUCCGAUUGUCCGAGGACGCAGGGAUCCGGCGACGACAACUUGGCGCCUCUCGACCUCCAAACUCCCACCACCUUCGACAACUAUUACUUCGGCAAUCUUGUUUCCCGGAAAGGCCUGCUUCACUCCGAUCAGCAGAUGUUCAGCGGCGCCGGAUCAACCGAUUCGCUGGUGAGGACUUACAGUUACGAUCCGAGCAAGUUCGCCGCCGACUUCGCGGCGGCGAUGACCAAGAUGGGGGACAUCAGCCCGCUCACUGGAUAUCAGGGGGAGAUCCGCAAGAACUGCAGGAAAAUCAACUAGUGUGUAACGAUGAUGUGUGAGAGAUUACUAUGCGUGCUAAAAUGUACUUCGAAUGGUUUGAAUGUCGCCGUGGGUUUUUAUAUGUAAACUAAUAAGUCAAAGUUUUAUAUAUCUUGAUAAACUAUAAAGUCAGAGAGUUUUCUUUCA